UCAACCAGUGCCAGAACGGUCGCCGCUAGAAGCAGAUGUGCUGUAUUUAGUGGGGUGCACCCAGUAGUCGUCAGUGCGCGAAACACACGCUGCUGCUAACAUUAUAUCGAAUGUCAGCCGGCGCGCCGCUUCAUUCUAUUUGGUGGUGCUAGAGCUAUUCGGAAGAAAGUGUGAGAACCCGAAGCCGUCCUCUUCGUUUGAGCCGCUGCUGUGCUGAAACGCAACGAAUUUAUGGUCGCAAAAACCUUUCCCCUCCGGCAGCAGUGACUUCGAUUGUUGUUAUCUGUAGCCCGGCCCAGGGUUCUCUAUAAUUCAGUAAUCAGUGAGAGUGGAAGAGUGCAGCAGUAUAGCUAGUCGCUAUCAGCAGAAGUCCAUCAUCGCCGUUGGUUCUCAUCGCCCGCUUCGGUAGAGCGUGGAAUGCGUAGGCGAUUGGCGGGUUGGGAUUUAGAGCACGUGACAUUGACAUUGAGUGUUGUGGCGGCGGCAGCGGCGGCGGCCAAAUCGACGACCGGUCGGCAUCAGCAUCGAGCAUCAUCAUCAUUCGCAGAAACAGCAACAGCAGCAACGCGUUCUAUCCGUCUAAUUCGGUGACAACAACGAUAUCAACGAUAUACGGAGAGCGGCGUGCUCGACACCACCCGAAGAGGAGGCAGAGUGCAUCGUGCGAAGCGACAAUCGCGGUGGAGAUCUCAUCCACAUCACAUCCUUCCAUCGCCAACCAGCGCCGUCCAGUUUGAGACCUACAACCGACCGAAGAACAGCAGCCGGUAUUCUGUUCCGGGUUUAGAUCGUUAGUAUUAAGUAGCAUCACAUAGUUCGUAAUAUUACCAAAAACAAAACAACAACAAAAAAUGCAUUUCAAAGAAGUCUGCAACCGCCGAUGCAUUCUGACGUCCGGAGGUGUCUUUCUGCUGGCGUUCGGAGUGUUCUUCACAUUCUGCUUCCAUUCGGUGUUCCGGGACAUAUUGUAUGAGGAACUAAAGCUCCGUCCAACUUCGCGAGGGUAUGACGCAUGGGUAACGCCCCCGUUCCCCCUUUCGAUGGACGUGUACUUCUUCAACUGGACCAAUCCGGAGGAUCUGAAAAACCACAGCACCAAACCGAUCCUGGAGGAGCUGGGCCCGUACCGGUUUACGGAGCGACCGGAAAAGGUGGACAUCGUGUGGCACAAUCACAACUCAACGGUUAGCUACCGCAAGAAGAGCGUGUACUUUUUCGACGAGGAGGGAAGCAACGGCUCGCUGGACGAUGUGAUCAGCAGCAUCAACGUGGUGGCGCUGUCGGCAGCCAACCGAGCACGCACCUGGGACUACGUACGCCGAAAGGGCGUAUCCAUGGGUCUCUCUCUCUACGAUCAGGACGUGUUCGUGGCCAAAACCGCGGGAGAACUGCUCUUCGAUGGCUACGAGGACAACAUGGUUCUGAUGGGCAAGCAACUGUUCGAUGCCAGCGAGGUACCGUUCGAUCGUGUCGGCUGGUUCUACACGCGCAACAACUCGGCGGACCUGAUCGGGCACUACAACGUUCACACCGGGGUGGAUGACAUCAUGAAAAUCGGUUCGAUGGCCGAAUGGAACUACAAGCCGCGGACGAACUUCUUCGCCGAUCACUGCGGGAUGUUGAACGGUUCGGCCGGGGAGUUCUAUCCACCGAACUUGUCCAAGGACGUGCCGAUUCAGCUGUUCACACCGGAUAUGUGCCGCAGUCUGCCGCUGGACUUUGAACGGGAGACAGAGGUGGCCGGGAUCAAGGGAUACAAGUACGCCGGAGGUCCGCGGACGGUCGACAAUGGUACGAUGUUCCCGGAAACGGCUUGUUUCAACAGCGGAGAGAUCGUACCGUCCGGGGUGUUGAACAUCUCGGCUUGUCGAUUCGGUACGCCGGUGUUCAUGUCGUUUCCCCACUUCUACGGGGCGGACGAGUUCUAUCUGAAUCAGGUGGAAGGGCUGAAGCCGAACAAGGACAAGCAUCAGUUCUACAUGACGAUGGAACCGACUACGGGAAUCCCCCUAGACGUCGCCGCUCGAUUCCAGUUGAACAUUCUCAUCCAAUCUCACCCAAGCAUCGCCCUCUACGAAGACGUCCCGCGGGUGUUCCUACCGGUGCUCUGGUUCGAGCAGCACGUCACCAUGAAGCCGGAGUUCACCGGUGAAAUAGCCCAGGCCCUCAGCAUCCCAACGACGGCCCGCAUCUGUGGAAUCGUGAUGCUCGUUCUCGGGGCCAUUAUGGUCGCAUGGACCCCGAUCGAACGGCUCAUGUUCCGUGGUCGGCGACGGGACAUUGUCACCGAUGCCACCGGGACCGAGAAGGUUCUUCUUCAGCAGAAUCUAGCCAAAACCGCGAUCCUGGUGCCGGAGAAGGAGAAGGAAGCGGUCGGAGAGAAGUUGUCCACCAUCGUUGAGGCACAUCCGUUGAUCGAAAGCAAGGCGGUUCGACUGGGGGCUGAGAAUGGGACCACCAAGACGUGAGAUUGAGCCCGCAGCCGUUGUAAAAUUGUACCGGAAAAGAAAGACUUUCUCCUCCGCCAGCUUUCGGAGAGGGGCGGACGGAACAAUCCAGUUCUCUGAACAUACCGAUUAAGUGUAAUGCAUGUGUGACCCCACUAGAAAUCGAAAAUAAUAAUCCAUUGACUACUUACGGAGGAGCAUCAUCGUCAUCAGUCAUUGGCUAGGUUCUAGGAUCCACCAUACCAAAUUGUAAUCCUACUACAGGACAUACAUAGAUUUCUUGUUUAGAUUUAGGGUCGCCAAAUGAGGUAGCCGCGCUGUUCCAAAAAAAAAAAAUCUUCCUAGGGUUAAGGCCAAACUAUGUAAGAAUAGCAGUUAGAGUAGGUGAUCUCACCGAACAAAGUGCCAGAGAUUUACGAACCUUCAUACAAAUACAACAAUACAAAGAAGCAUCCGUAUCAACGAAGAGUUAAUAGACCUAGUGGACCACUUUCUCCAAGGGAGAAUCACUUCCUACUUUGUUUUUGUAUGCAACGAGCGUGAUUUAACGAGCUGGGAGGGGUUCCAUUUUUUGACAUUUUUACGCAAAGAACCGAUAUUCCAAUUAUAGGGUAUACACGCAACAAAAAAGACCUAACCGUUUUUUGAUAAUAGGGGAAACGGUAUAAAAGACAUUGUUAUAUGUAUGGAGUUGUUAUCUUUACUAAAAAUGGAAACCAUUGAUUGAUUGCAAUAAAACAGAAAUUAAACAAUAAAAAUGAAGUUGAUAACUAAAA